AUGCAAGCAGUGGCUUCCAGCGAGACGGAGCUGCUGAACGCUGCUGUGUUAUGUGCAGCACUGGCCGCAACCCAUUCGGAGCCUUCCGAUACCGACAAACAAGUCAAUGAUCGUGCGGCUCGUGAGCUAGAGAUGCACCUGCGCAAGUCGCCGCUACCGCACAGUCUACAGCUGUCCGUGCUGAGGUUCACGCGCGACUACGUGCUCAUACAGUCCGACCUGGCGAUGAUCUGUGCUGUGCGAGCCACGAAGCCUGCCGACAUUUUGCAGACGGUGGUCGGAUCCGCCGUGCCGCUCUCGCAGCCAUACGUGCAUAGAUUUGGAGGCGCAAGGAUCCACGCGCCCUUCUGGACAAGAACGCAGCGACUCGACUUGCAAGAGAUUCACCAUCAGGCACGACAAGCCAAGAAAAUGCUUCUGCUGUGUGGCCAUUCCAUUGGCGGCAGUAUUGCACAGCUGGCCUUCUGCGAACUGGUGUACCAACACUUACCUACGAAGACGCGGUUGUUUCUGGAAAAGCGCGACUAUGACCAGCAAAAACAAGACGAGAAGAAAGAAAAUAGCACUACGUCAAGUGAUGGGUUGAACUUUGGAUUGAUGGUUCAAGGUACGACUGAGGAAGAGCGCGCGACGAUUCUUCGUACGACGCCGCAUAUGCUGGCGAUUGGUUUUGGUGCUCCGUACAUUGGAUCCACAGGCUUGGUAUCGUUUUUAGAACCUCUACAGCUUAGCAAGCGCGUGAUCACGUUUGUCAAUGAAUUCGAUUGCAUUCCCAGCAUUCUCAACGUGGCACAGUCAGCCGCAAUGGUAGCAAAGACUACCGAGCGCUUGCUCACGAUCACGAAAGCGACGAAGACGCUGGUGAACUUGCUGCCCAUUCAAAUGCAACAGCGCUUCAUCGAUUUGGCAGCGACAGCGAACACUGCUACAGUUCCCACUGCCAGUUCGGCGUAUUUGUCAAUGAGUUUGAACAUUCUUCAGAACACUUUCCAGAAAUUCCGCGACUACAACAUCGUGAAAGAAAUUGAUUAUCAGUAUUCUCCGUGCGGGACGUACAUUUUCCUGUCCAAGUCCGGGGCUGAUUAUAAGGUUUACUCCGAUCCAAGCGCGAUCAGUAAGGCUCUGCACAAAGAAGAUGAUUCUAACUCUAGUUUGACUGGUAAAGCCAUCUUACAGCACUUAAUGAGUGCAUACGUGGCCGCCGUCGCGCGCCGUUCGAAUUCCAUUCAAAUCAAUGCGUCCAUGGACUACUAUGAGCGUCUUGGCGUCCCUCGCAAUGCCACAGAGCGGCAAAUACGCAGUGCGUACAAGCGACUAGCCCUAAAGUGGCAUCCAGAUCGAUGGGCGAACAACUCCGCCAAUCCACAAGAACAAGCUUCUGCUGAGGAGAUUUUUAAGCUGUUGGCGGAAUCAUACGAGAUUCUAUCGGAGGCUGAAGCUCGAAACGCGUAUGACUCGCAUCUAAACGACUCGCCUAGUUUGAAAGACGAGUUUGUGCAUCAUGGCACGGUGAAUGGAAUGACUCUGGAUGAGGCAAUCACCACUUUCCGCGACGUAAUUGAUAACCUCUCCGGAGCGGUUUCGAAGGUGACGUCGCGCUUUUCCACGCCAAGCUCGACAGUAGUUAACCCUCUACGUACGCCUUCCUCGGUGCGAAGUGGCCUUAUCCCAAACAACCAUGACAACAUCUUCGCUCCAGAUCGGAUUCGUGUGUCGCGUACAAUAGGAAUUGGUGCAGACCAACAGGAGCAGAUUCUGUAUUUGGAGCCUGAAGAAAUUAUAGCGGGGGAUGUGGCUGCCCCUGCUCAGGCAGCAGGAAGGUCUGGUGCGAAUGCUGGACUGCGAACAGUUUCCGUUGUGGGUGGUGCUGUCGCUGUUGGAGCAAGCGUGGCGUUAAUUGUGAAUGCAUGGUCGCAGUACUCGGAGAUGUCGAGGAAGAGACGUCAGGCAGAAGUGGUGCGAGAUAUGCCCGCAGAUUGCUUGUUGUUAUUGCUCGAAGACCACCGCAACACACAGCACUCCGAUACAACGCAGCUGCUUCGUCAACAAGCCGAUGAACGAAAGAAGAGAAAGGAUGCUUCAUCGCUAGCUGUAACCGAUUCCAGUGAGGUGGAUGGGAGCACAGCGAAGCAGCUUUUCGUAAGAGGAGCUCAACAAGCACUCGUCACUAUGAAGCAACAGGAAGACGCAGCUGAAGAUGAGCUUAUUGAAGAGUUCUUUGACUGUGCUACUGAGUAUGAUAAUGCUGCUAUGGAGGCGAUGGCCGAGGAGGAAUUCUUUGACUGCGUUGAUCUCAUGGACGAGGUAUCAGUUCAGUUCAGUGACGACGCACUAGCCGAAGAAAAACGCGCUGAGGAGGAGGCAAAAGCACAAGGCAAAAGUAUUAUAGUCAGCGAGCAGGUAGUUUUUCCACCCGAAUCGACUGUCAGCACUCCAUUUGGUCUGGCGACUGUGCACGACUGGAGAGAAGGCAGGUUGUCGGCUAUUGUACAAUUUGCUUCUUGUAAGUUCAUGGUUGGCUACAUUCAGAAAACGGAUAUCUCGCGCGGUGCGUCACUGGUUAAGGCUGCAACAAGUGAGCUCGUAGAGUCCAAGAGAGCAAAACUAGCGGAUCGCGUGGUGGCUCGCUAUCGUUUGGAUGCUGGCGAAGCGGGUAGUACAUUGAAAAGUCUGGUUGCUGCAGGUGGAGAUGGCGCAUUGGACAGUGGCAUCCGUGCUGCUGGCGGUGUAGCGCUGGCAAAUGGAAUGGCUAGGACUUCUUCAGCGUUAGGCGGUGCGGUGGCUGCUCCACUUACGAUCGCGUCAAUUCUCGUCGACAUAGGAAAGGAAUACUACGACUAUCGCAAGAGAUAUACCGACCGAAAGUCUCUAGGUGUGCUCUCUACAACCACCGAGCAACUAAUGAUGCAUGAUUUCCGACUGAAAACCGGCGAAGUCAUCGCUAGUCGUACAGCAGCGGCGGCAGGAGCAGGUAUUGGCGCGUACAGUGUGGCCUCAGCGCUGGGAAUGUGGAGUACAGCUGGGCUUGCGGCUGGUCCAGUGGGCAUUGUGGCCGCCACCAGUGCAGCCGUUGUUGGAGGAAUGUUAGGUUUCUUUGCAGGAUCCAAGGCGUAUUCUGCAUCUACGGCGGGCUAUUUUACAAGCCAACAGAACGCGAAAGAACACAUCGAUCGUCUAGAGCUUGGAGCGCGUAUUUUGUUCGACGAGUUUGACCCGGAUGCCACGGGAACUAUCUCGAAGGAAGACUGCAUUAAGCUCAUGAAGAAGCUUUAUGAUGCGAUGGGUUCUAUCUCUGAGACGGGGUAUGAAAGGACGAUGGCUGUGAUUCAAGACGAGAACUUUGAGGGGCCGGUGACGUGGGGCAUGUUCUGGGAGUGGGUGAGCACAGAAGCAGCUCGAGCGCUUCGUGAACUAGAGCAUGAAGAGUCGAAGAUGUUAUCCGAACCUGUGGUGGGUGAGACGUGGUGGAACAGCUACAUGAAGUACUUCUCAUACUUGAACUCGAAGAAAGCUACGCCUUUACUGGCAGAGCCGCAGGCUGUGAUGUAUCCAUCUGUGUUCGCAACGCUGGGUGUAGGCGUGAAGGGCACUGGAGCAUUAUCGGAGGGUGCAGAGUUACAAGCUGACGAAGCUGAGGAAGAAAGCUUGAUAAUGAAGGCACAAGUCGAGUUUCUUGUGAACAAUGGCCAUUUAACAGUCGGAGAUGCCUUCCAGCUCCGUGAGCAAUUGGCGUCCGACGAUUUGGUGUUGAAGGAGUCCGCACGGAAGACUAUUGCUGCCAUGCACGAGGGUCUUUCGGACGCUGGUCCGGACCAGAAUCUUGUGUGUGAUGGAUUCGGCUUUACUGGCGGCGACACCAUGGAACUGCCGGCUGAUGAACCGGAAAAGGAGAAUGAUACCACGCGGACAAAGACCGCUACUUCUGGAGCCACGGAUGAGAAAACGAAGGCGAGUCCAGAUACCGAUGAGCGACUAGAUGUCAUGUGCUCUUUGAUGUCUACGCAAGGUCUGCAGCGUUUCUUACAGCGGCAAAAUGUCCUCGUCCCUACCGGAGACAAUGCUGCAGUACGCCACGAAGAUUUGCACUGCUUAGCACUCAUGGCUGCAGCCCCCGCCUCGGCAUCGGCAGCACAGUCAAACUAA